AUGCACUGUGAGAAGUCAUCCUUACAUUUCAGCCCGUCCUGUGGUCCGGAAUGGGAUCGUUUGUUACUGGAUUGUGCUCGGCUUCGGAUAGGUGCACCUCACUCGAGACAACCCUCACAGUCUUUGAAGUGCUCGUUUGAUCUGGCUUCCCAGACGUUUUGUAGGAUCUUCAGUUAUCAACUGGAUACAUAUUUAACGAAUUAA